AUGGUCGCCCUCGCAUACGUCAAAGAUAUCGAGAUUAUUAAAACGAUGGUAGAGGCUGGGGCUAGCUUCCAAGUGACGGACCAGAGCUUGCGUACACCACUCCACCUUGCUCAAACGCGAGCAAUUGCAGAAAACAACGUUGACGGUUGA